AUGUCAAACGGCCGCAACGGGGGUUCAUCUGGCAAGUAUCAAGAGAAGUCGAGACUGAAGGGGACGGUUGGGGAUCGCAGGUCAUACGAGGCGGAACACACUAAGCAGGCAUGGGGUAGAGGCGACGAAGGCGAGCGAACCGACGACGGCGACGACGACGGCGACGACGACGACGACGACGACGACGACGACGACGACGACGACGACGACGACGACGGCGACGACGACGACGACGACGACGGCGAGGGUGAUGAGGGUGAUGAGGGUGAUGAGGAGGACCACGAGGAGGGCGAGGAGGACCACGAGGAGGAGGAGGAGGAGGAGGAGGGGGAAGAGGACGACAGUGACGGUGACAGCAGUGGGGGAGAUGAGGGCGUCGCCAGACGAGAUGAUGAAGACACUGUGCCCGACGGUUACCAAUUCAGCGCCUCCCAAGUGGCGUACAUGCAAAGUCGCCUACAACAAUACCGCGAAGGCUCGAAAGGCAAGCGUUCCGAUGUCGUUGUUGCCGUGUUCAAGAAUUUUGUCUCUGAGAUUAUCAACGAGUCACGGAGGCCAGUUCCAAAAGCCAAGCGCAAGGCUAUUAAACGUGGCGUUCUGGGGUGGUUCAAGCAGAAGCUUGCGGCAUAUAAGCCCAAGCAAGAGAAAGCAAAAUGGACGACACGGUGGUUUGGGCUGCUCGUCUUCAAGAGAGAGAGGCGUGACGCAAUCAAGUACCUCGCAGGGUUGCUCGCAAGAGGCGAAGCUCUACCCAACCUUAAAGACCUCUUGGACAAUGAAAGUUGUUACAUUACGCCAAGGGAUGACAAUGGAGACGACGGGGAUCUGGACAGGCCCGGAGGAAAACUGUCGCCAAAGGGUUUCGCGAAGUUCAAUCCUGCUGCCUCACUUCUUUGGAAGAAGAUGAGCGCCAAGGAAAGGCAGGCGUACGAGGACAAGGCUGCCAAGUGGAACGAGGAGACACCCCCACUAGAGCAGCAGAGGAAAACCGCAGAGCGCACUGCUUCGAAAAAGUUGCUGGGGAUCAGCGAACAGUUUCUAAGGGAUAUGAACGCCCGACUCUACCUGCUCGUUGCCUAUGAGAAUCAGGCUGGUAGGCCAGUUGCUUACGACUUUGAGCUGUCUGGGGGAGCGGCUGGGCAAGGUUUCCGUGACCGGUACGGAGACACACUGAAGAAAAUGGGGAUCCUCGAACUGUGGAAGGACUUCGCAGCCGACAUUUACCUUGAUCCUUUGGAGGACGAAGACAUUCGUGCUCAAAGGUCCGCCAAGCGAGCGUUGAUGAAGUUUGAACGAAAUGAAUUUGGGGAGCCAAUUAUUCCCAACAUCCGUCACCGCGAUGACACCGAGCAGAGGUCAAGGUGGUUGGUCCACUUCAUUAGAUCCUUCCUUACCAUUCACUACAACAUCGCCAAGGGUAACCCAUCUGGCCGCUCACCCGUUCCAUGGAAAAGACUUGGCUUGAAUCCACGGCGCUUCAUCUGUACAGAGUUCCUUCCAGACGAGCUUGCCGAGUUCAUUGGGGAACCCAGUUCUAUGUCCACAUCAGAGCGCGAACGCCUUUAUUGGUUCUGGUAUCGUCGCCAAAAGGAUGGUUUGGACAUCGUGUUCGAAUUCAAGAAGUACUGGGAUGGUCGAGCCAAGGAAUACCGCCAUCGCAAAGAACGGAAACCGACUUCUGCAGACGAGUAUAACUUGGAGGAGGAUGAGGACCCCAACCCACCUUCAAGGGACCCUCAAGGCGUUCAACGCGAAACUAACGCCUGGGACCAGUUUAUGGCUGACGAUAGGAGCGAUUCGGAUGAGGAUGAAAUUGUGUCCAGCUCUGAAGAUGAAGAGGACCCGCCUCCACCAUCGCCACCUGCCCCACCUGCCCCAACCCCUCCACAGAAGUCCCAGCCCAAGCCCAAGGCUGCUUCCAAGAAGAAGAAACGACCAAGCCAAAAAGCCAAAGCCCCACGUACGCACGAUGUUGAAGAGCCUGAGCCUCCCAGUGGUCAUACAGGCUCUGCCAAGGGUAAUCCUCGUAAUGUGCGUGCACCAAAAGCAAAAGAAAAGUCUGCAGCCAAGCCCCCAGUGCAAGAGGAUGAGCCAAGCGAGAAUGAGAUCGAUUCGACCCCUAAGAGGCCAUCGCGGGAAAGCCAAGCCACGACCCCGACUACACCUCCUCCACAUGGAACGGCGCGAAAGCGAGCCCGGUCUCCCAGCGAUUCCGAGACGAGUGACGAGGAAGACGACGAACUGCCUGGCCCCAAUACACGUGCCAAGAAAAGACGUGCUGCGGCAGAGCAAGAGCCAAGAGACGAGCCUCCCACCCUGCGAAGGUCUACGCGAGCCAUCAAGGUCGCCAAGAGGUUUGGGCAAGAGGAUGUGCCCUCGGUCAUACAGCGCAUUCAAAAACCUGGGGCUAAUAGUAAGGGUUCAACGACAAGGAGCAAGUCACGGGGUGGACAUUCUAAGUCCACUGAGGGUAGAAAACAUGACGCACCUGCCAAGGCGAAGUCGCGGACCAAGGACAAACGUCGAUAG